UCCCGCCAACGACGCGAGCCUGCCCUGCGUUCCUGCCGACCGUGCGAUCAAGGAACGAGAUCCUGCAACAAAAAAGAAAACGGACUGAGCAUCUUGCCGACGGGGGCGUACGGCUUUUUCAUCGCGGCACUACCAGAACGGGACUACAACAGACCACAAAAUGGGAGAAGCAAACAACAGUGAGCCGCUGAAAUUUGCCGGCGAAAUGCUGCAGAAGCACGAUCUGGUAGACGCUACGACGCCCGGUCUGCUUGAGGUGACGGGAGUUUCGCAAAUCGGUGCUCCCACAGCGAGCGGAUGGGGAGAAUACGACUACCAGCAUCUGUCCGGGCUGUCGAUGGGGCUGAAAGAUCUGAACCAGCUGUCCACCGUCAAUAAAGUGCCGAUUCCGCCCGAGAUUAUGGAGCACUUUAACCACGUAAAGUGCCACUGCAUGAUGGGAUUGUUUCCGGAGAUAGGCCGAGCCUGGCUAACGAUCGAUUCCGACAUCUACAUCUGGACGUACGAAAAUGCACGCGAUGUAGCCUACUUCGAUGGACUUUCGCAGCUCAUCAUCAGCGUAGGCCUGGUGACACCGCGACCCGGUGUUUUCAUCGCGGACGUUAAGUAUCUGCUCGUGCUGACCACACCGACGGAAAUCAUCAUCCUGGGCGUCAUGUUUAACGAAAUCAAAACCGGAACGCCGAUCCGUACCAUCGGUUCACCGAUGGCAUCCGUGCCGACGACGGGCGAAGAGAUGCAGCUCAUGAACAACCCAAUCUUCGUCCUGAGCACCGACAGUGUGGCCAUCAUGUGUGUGCGCGGAACGGCCGAUGGGCGGAUCUUUCUCGGUGGCCGCGACGGUUGCCUCUACGAGGUGUGCUACCAGGCGGAAUCGAACUGGUUCGGCAAACGGGCCCGGAAAGUGAACCACUCCCAGGGUCUGAUCUCCCAUCUGGUGCCGGGCAUUUUCAAAAUCUUCUCCGAUUCGGACUCGGUGCAGACGAUAGUGGUGGACGAUUCGCGCCACCUGUUGUACGUGCUGAUGACGAAGGGUACGAUCGAGGCGUGGGACAUCGGUUCGGAUCCGACCGGUGGGACGGCGCGCCGUCUAGCGCGUCUCUCGUUUCGCGAUAUCGCGGCCGCUGCCUCGACGAUCCCUAACUCAAUGGAAGGACCCAACUUUCCGGCCAUCACCGAUAUUUGCCCGCUGACCGUCUCAGAUUCAACCAGCCUACACUUGGUGGCCGUUACCGAGACUGGUUCUCGGCUUUACUUCUCAACGAUUCCACUUCACCACCAAGCGUCCAUCGUUCGCUAUCGGCAGGAACAGCAGCUACAGCAACAGCUGCAGCAGCAGCAACAACAGCAGGCCAUGAUGCAGCAGCAACAGUUUCAACAACAGCCAGGGAUUCCACAGCAGAACUCGUUCAUCGAUGGACACGAUAUGGCAGCAACCACACCGCAGGGCUUGUAUCUGCUGCACAUUCGCAUUCCGCCUAACGGCGUUGCGUUCCCUAACCGGCCGAAAUCGGUCCAUUUGGCGCACUGCACCGAAGGAGGUUCCAUGCUGCUCAUCGGUACCGUACAGCAGGAUCAGGAUGAUCUGUGGGCCCUCAGCUCGGAGCACUUUCAGUCCCAGGCUAAUCUGGUCGAAUCGGCCACCUAUCUGCCGCUCGACGGUCAGGUCCUAGCGGUGGCGGAUGUGCGGCAAAAGGAUCGCGUCUCGAUUGAAACUCCGCUGCGGAAGGUACGGAACCAGCGCAAGGUUGCUCUCCUAACCAGCCAAGGCGUACACGUCGUCUCCGUGCUCCGUUCGGUGGAUUUGUUGCAGCAACUCCUUCUCGCUUGCCACGGACCACACAACGAGGCGAUUAGGGCUUACUUUCAGAUGCAAACGGAGGUAGAAGCGUGCUCGACGGCGGUGCUGUUGGCCUGUCUGGAAUCAUUCCGUGGUACGACCGAGGUGGGUGAAUGGGCCGCUCAAGCAUUCGUCCUGUACGGUGGUGAACCGUACUUUGAGCAACCCGGACUGGGAGUCGCUCAACAUCAACGACCACUACCACAGUUCGGAUCUCCCAGUGCUGCUGGCUACGGUGGUGGAGCAGGAAUGGAUCCCUUAGGCACACCACAAGCGACUGGUUAUGGUGCGGGACGUUUGUUCAUGUCUACACCGUACAGCAGUGGUCCCUUACCACGCGGAACGCUGAAUUAUCCACAACAGCAACAGCAACAGCAGCAGCAGCAAGGCCAACAUCAUUCUUUCUCUUCGGUGUAUCCAGGCAACAACCCGGUACCGACGACUAUGAAUCUGAGUUACGGUGGCGUCAACAAUAACACAGUAAACAAUAAUAACAUCAUUACAAUGACUGACCGUUCGUCCGGCAUACGCUACUCGGCCAAACAUGCCGGUCUCUAUCUGCAUGUGGCUCGUGUGGUGCGUUCCGUCUGGCACCGACAGUGCACCGAUGAGCGGUUGCACUCGAGCAUCUCGCAGCUCGAUUGUGCCGUGCUGCUGGAGGAUCUGUACGCUAUUCGGAACUUCUUUGACGUCGUUGUCACGGGUCCAACGAGUCUGGUAGGAUUCGUGGGACGAAGCCAUACGAAGACGACCCUCCAGCAAGCCUCAUCGCUACAAGGGAACACUAGCCACGGGAUAACGAAUGCCAACCUCCUGUUGCAAUCACCGCUCAGUAGUGAGCGAUACGGUGCUGGUGGAUUGAGUUUACCGCAACCGUACGGAGGUGCGACAGCGGGGAACGCCACGCAGCAAAGUGCCGGAACGUUGGAAGAUGCCGUAGCAGAGGAGCGAAAAUCGUUGGAUGCCUUGUCCCGGUUGAUAAAGCAAGCCUGUGAAGUGAUUGGCCUUUGGAAGGUGAUCUGCGAACAUCAGUGCCAUCUGCUGCUUAGCAAGCUCACGAAGGAGCAGCAGCGUGAUCUACACGGUGCCACCUUCGGUGAUCUGAUCGUACACCGGACCGAUCUCUGUGGGCUGCUGAUCGUGACGCUCAUCAAUUCGUAUCUCGCGGACAACGCUAGCAUUGGAUCGAUCUCGUCGAAGCUGCGCGAAGUCUGUCCCGCUUUGUACCGCCACGAAGAUGCCGUUUCGCACAAGGCCACGGAGAUCCUGUUGCUUACGCGUGGCUGCAACGAUCGGGAGCGUAAGGAGGAGCGGCUCCGGACGGCAUUGCAGCUGUGCAAGACGGCCGCUCCCAAUCUACCGCUCGCAGCCCUUUGCCAGCAGUUUUCGGCGGCCGGUUUCUACAGCGGAGUGAUCGAGCUGUGUACGGUGUGCGCCUCGAAGGUGGAUCCAAAUGAGGCGGGACUUCACUUCUAUCGCCAGAGCGGAGAACCGUUCGACAGUCAGGAAGGUUUUCUGGCCUAUCAAAACCGCAUGAAUUGUUACAAAGAGGUGCAGAUCAUGCUAGAUCAGGUGUACGAAUCAAGCAGCACCGGUGGUGGUGGUGCUAGUGGUCAGCAGUCAGCAACGUUGGGACCAUCCGACACUGCCUAUCCGCUACCGGUGGAUGCGAUGGAUGGCGAACAGACGACCGGCGGUCAACAUCAAGCCGUACGUUCCAUCAUUGCCCAAGCGCUCCAGAGCACGGAUCAGUUGCUGCACAUUGCCAUCUACGAGUGGCUACUGUCACGGAACUUGCACUCGGAGCUGCUCGACAUCACCGAACCCUCGCUCGGAGUGUUCCUCGGUCGGUCAAUGGCACGCACACCGGACAAUCUGCUGGUGGCCGAUUUGCUGUGGAAGUAUCACGAACGUAACGGACAGCAUGCGGCGGCCGCACAGAUACUGGAUAAGCUGGCCGAAUCAUCCCAGGGUGACGGAAGCAUUCGCUUAUCGAAGCGCAUCGAGUAUCUGGCCCGUGCCGUCAUGUGUAUGCGCAGUGAAUCGGCCGGCUUCUCCGCACACAACGGUGUGCUGCUGAAGGAGCUCGAAGAUAAGCUCGAGGUGGCACAGAUACAGCGGCAAGUUAGCGAUGCGCUCCGGUUAGCUUACCCAACGACGGCGAGCAGGACAGUGAGUGAUUCCGCAGGUGAAGCUCCCCAGCACUACGCCCGUGACGCACUGGAGCAGCUCGAAUCGACGCUCUACAAUCUGACCCAGCUGUACGCCGAUUUUGCCGAACCGUACGAACUGUGGGAGUGCAAGUUGACCAUUCUGAACUGCUCGCAUCACAAUGAUCCGCUGCUGAUUGAGUCCGUGUGGACGCACAUUCUCGACCGUGAGCUCGAGUCAAGGGGAGAGGGCGCAGCGGAACGGUGCCGGCGGAUGCUGGCAAAGGUGAAAAGUCUGGCUCUCGAGUACGAUAGCUCAGGCCACUGUUUCCCGCUGGCGUUUAUUGUACGAGAGCUUGAGGUGCGGUGCUUCCGGUUGAAGCUGUUCAACUCGCCCGUCCCGGAGGCACUGAUCGAUAUGAACCUAGACAUCGAGGAGUUGCUUAACAUUUACUCACGGCUCGUAUCAAUGAAUGAACGCAUCUGGGUAACGGAGGAGGACGAACUGUACCUCAUCCGGUCGACCGCACGGUUACUCGCACUAAUCGUCGCCCAACCGAAGCUGGUACCGGUGAAGGAUCGCCGGAAGGUGUUGGCCAAGUCGCAGGAUCUCAUCUCGGCGGCACUCAACAUUCUCUACACGAAACCGGACACGCAGACACUGAUUGAUCUGUUGCGCGACACACAAUCGAAGCUACAGCGCGUGGUUUGACCCGCGGGUUAACGGUGGCCCUUCAUCCGCCUGCAGCUCGGAGCCUUGGACGUGCCGUACGCUACCUAACACCCGAGAGAGAGAGAGAGCAUAACCAUGCUUCGUCACAUCGUGGCGAGGAGUUUUUGUUUUUUUUCUUUUUCUAGUAAUUUGUUUGAUACACAAGUGUAAAUGUUACUCUCCAUUAAACUACUGCCACAAGUACUGCCUGGACGAACGAUCCGCUCAGUGCCCUAUUAGCCCCUUCUAUUAUCAUCCGGUGGACCGGAUAGUCGAACAAGGUGGACACGACGUAGAAGAUAGUGAAACGAAUGAUAUGAUGAUAAGAGAAUAAAGUGAAUUAAUUCGAUAUAAA